AGGGCGCGCAGCUCCAAUGUCUCAGUCCCAUGGCGCCAGGAAGUGACGUCCGCACCCGCUCCCAGGCGCCUGCAGGCGGUGUUAAGUUGCUUGGAAAUGGCGGAGCGAACGCGUUUGGAGCAGGAGCAGCUGCCAGAUGAAGGACCAGAAGAGAAAGCAGAGAAAACUGUGAAAACUAAGACUGUUUCUUCCAGUAAUGAAGGAGAAAGUUCAAGUCGAAAUGCAGAGAAAAGAGCAGCUGACGAGAAAGAUCAAGAUGACUCAGCUGCUGGAGAUGCAAACAACAAACCCACUCCUGCAAAAGUCUCCAAAAUUGGAUUUUCGAUAGGAAGUAUGACUUUAAAGAAGCCAGCACCAAUAUCCAUCAAAUUAGGAGCAAGUAAACCAAAAGAAAAUACAACUGUCCUAGCUCCAAAGAAGCCUUCAGUUGCUGCAGUUUUUAAUGAAGAUGAUGAUAGUGAACCAGAAGAAAUGCCCCCAGAAGCAAAAAUGCGCAUGAAGAAUAUGGGAAGGGAAACACCAACAUCAGCAGGACCAAAUUCUUUCAACAAAGGAAAACAAGGAUUUUCUGACAACCAGCGGUUAUGGGAGCGGAAAAUGAAGAGUCAGCUGCGGAAUUUUGGAGAUGAUGACUAAAUGACCAGAGUUGAAUGCGAUGGGGCAGAUGGAAUAGAAAUUUAGGGAUUAACAUAUGUUUAAAAUCCUCUAGAUUGCUUUGAAAUGGAAACCAUUCAAUGAUGGGUGUAUAAUGUGUACUUAAAGACUUUCUCACUAUAAAUUGUAAUGAGUGCAAUGUGUUUAGUAAACAUUGAUACAAGUGGCAGAAUUUUUUGACAGAAGUUGACAUUUAGAUCUUGUCAUUUUUCAUAGCUACCAUUGAUUAUUUUUAGAUUGUUGCAGUGUGCUGUUUGAUUUGGAGCACUAUAAACUAACAUAUCUUUAUAUCAGUACAUAACAGUAGCAGGGAAGAGUUUAAUUUUCACAACAUUUGAAAAGUUCAUGAUCAUCAGUUUUCUAGCUCCUGAGAACAGUUUUAUGCUUCAUAUUGGGGAAGGAUAUUUUUGUUUUGAGCACAUUUAAUAUUGUGCAGGUAUUUAAAAGCUGCCCCUAAAAGUGUUUAUAUUUCCUAGUAUAACAUUAUUUCCCAGCAAGAGGAUGGGCUAGUGAUGCAUUCCUAAGUUGUGUGUAGACUUAAGUAGGAAUAGUUUAACUUUUCCUUGUGAUGUGAAACAUGAAAUCACUGAAUAUUGGAAUGACACAGGAAAACUGCACAUAUUAGUGUUCCAACAUGCUGCAUGUCUUAAUCCAGAUUAUUAUCAAUGGGAGUCAUGCUUUAAAAUAAAUACAUAAUUUAGCAUUUGACAUACCUGUUAAGAGUAUGGUGAAUAUCAUCAUUCCUAUUCCCAUAAGAAAUGUAUUCAGUGAAAAUAGUCACCAAACAAUUGGAAGAGCAGGUUAGGAAUUUGAUGCACAAAUUAAAAAUUAAAAUAAACUGAUUGUGAUUGUAACCACAUGAAUCAGUCAGCCUUAACUUUGCUGAAUUUUUUUUUACUGUCCUAGCCUUUGCAUUCAAGUGUUUAGAAUUAGUUCUGCUGAACAACUGCGAUAAAUAGUAAAUUCCAAAGCAGAAUGGAGUUACUGAGCCAGUGUACUACAGGAUGUUCACCUCUGUUAAUGCAAACCAUUGGAGGCUUAGAACACUCAUCUUCUGAGCUCGGGCUCUUUUGCUAAGUCUGGCAUAUUUAGACAUUUGCUGUAGUCCAUUCUUUGGUGCAUUAGACUCCAUGGUUUAAUGUCAGAUAUUCCAGUUUUAUCUUUGGACUCUCCCUUACUAAAGCCUAUCAAAGCCUAGUGUGCUUUAUUAAGAGAUUUACUCUUGUUUUCUUCUCCCAGUUUAGCUUUUUCAGUUGUAUAAAUCUGCCAGAAAUAUGAAAAAACAUUCAAGGGAAAGUGCUGGAUUAUCUCAAACCUAUCUGCUGUAAAAAUUGAUUCAGUACUUGUAUAUAAAGAAGUGGUUAUCAUUAAUUUUCCAAUCCUAAUGUCAUUAGUCUUUCUCCUAGAACUUUAGCCUAGUAAAAAAGGCUUUCCACAUAAUCUGCCUUCAGGCUAUUUUUGUUUGUUUGAUUUCAAGUGUUUAACAUUGUAAAUGGAGAAGCAUAGAUACCUCCCUUUACAACCUGUAUAUUGGAGGUGUUAGACACUUGUUUCCAUUUCACACACUCUGUCUCGGAUUCUGUAAAUAUAAUUAAAUUUAGACAGCUUUGUUCAUGCAAUAAUCUUUCUUGUUAAAAAAUAAUCUUUGUGGCUUUUACCUGAAAUUGAUGCUGUAAAUGGCUCAGUUAGUGUAAGAAAUACUUUGCACAACUGGAGGUUCACUGUGAUGUCCAAAAUUAAUCUUGCAGAGAAAGUUGCUUCUCUACAUUUAAAGGUAAGAAUGAAGUUUUAGAAAGUUUCUUAACCUUCUCAUUAAUUCAAAAAGCACAGUUACCUUAAUUUUCAUUAUCUGUGAUCUUAAACACCUAUAACCUCUUCUAAAUAUAACAAAGUUCUUGCUGUUGGCUAUGUAAUUGAUAGUUUUUCUAGUCAAUAUAGCCUAAGAUAGAGAUUGUGCAGUUUUCAUUGCAUUUGGUAAGUCAGAGGCAGUUGCCUGAUAAAUGAGAUGGUGACAGUAAAAUUUUGAUAGCAUUAUUGUUUAUAGGAAGGCUAAGAAAUCAGCAAAAGAUUCUUCCACAUUAUUCAGUGGCUUUUGAUGCGGUAAAAUCUGUUGAUGUCAUAUAAGGAACAUAUCAGGCAAGCAUGUGCUGCUCUCUGACCAACCUGCCAACAUUCAGCAGGCUGGCAUAUGAAGAAUUGAGUCUUGGUUGAGGUGCUGGAGAUUUAGAAAGGCCAUGUCUUUUUACACAAAGUAUUUUGUGUUAAUUUUUAAGAGGAAAAAGAAAUUAACAGUUGUAAGAAAAAAAAAUUCUUCAGCAUCCUUUAAUGCAAUUAUUUGUGUUGCUCUGGAAGUUUCCUUAAAUUGAGUAACUUGACUACACUUCUGGUAAAUACUUUAAAUUUAUAUUUUUUCAAUUGGAAAUGGAGAUAUAAUUUUGAACAAUAGCUCUUCAUGAUCGAUGUUCCAUAGAUAUCUGUUUUGGUUGAUUUCAACUGAUUACUGUCAUGGACCCUUUGGGUAGUCGAUAUGUCGAUGUCACACCUAGAAAGGUUUAGCUGUGAAGCAUACCACAGUUCAGAAGCUCACCACUGAGACUCGUGCAGGGAGGUUGCAUAAGACCUGUGAAAGAAAGUUGGGGUCUGCUCGGGUAUAAAAUUAAAACCUGACCUUCCCAUGGCUAAAGUGAGCCGAGCCUUUUCCAUAUCUUGCCAAACCAUCAUCGUAAGUAUAAAGGGCACACACAGACAAGUAUAACAAACGCUCAUGCACACCAUCGAGUCUUGGGUUAGGUAGCCACAACAAGGAGGAGAGAAAUACUGGGUGACAAAACCACAGGAAUUUCUUAUUUGCCACUAUUUUUUAAGAAAUGGAUUGACAUUGAAGCAUAAAAGGUGGUAGAGUAUGAGGUUGCACUGUAAUUUUCUUUUGCUUUUACAGUGAGUUUGUAUCAAAAAAGCUUUUCUAAUCCAAUCAAGCUCAAAGCUGUUCAAAAAGUUAAACGGCAAUGCUUUUUUGUUACAGUCUUCUUAAAUUGGUAUAUCUGGGCACAAGAACUUCAUUAUUGCAAACUGCGUUGGCUACACUUUUCAUUGUUGGCUGCUUUUGUCAUUUAUUAGCAGUUUGAACAUACAUACUGUUUAAAGUUAAUAGGUUGGGUACAGUUUUAGAGAGACCAUAACCAAGAACUAAAAUGAUUUUUGUGUAAUUGACCCAACUUGCUAUGUACUGAGUGCUGAACCACACAUAGUUAUCCGUGAUACUAUGCUGAGCAUAGAUUAUUUCAGAGCUUUAUCAGAUAAUACAUUUGCUUUCAUGGGCCACUUUGAUUUAGAGUGAGAGAAAAAGUGUGAUUUAUAUAUUUCUGUCUUGCCCAGGUUGGAAAAAUAGAUCAUAAAUUUCAUUUUUCACUUUUUUUUCAUUCAAAUUACCUAAUUCAGAAUUGCAACAAAUCUGGAAAUCAUUCUACAUGCAAAGCAUGUAAUAGAAACUCUUCCUUUCACAGAAGAGAGGGAGAGUUUAAAAAAUUCUCCCUAAUAUACCUCUAAAUUCUAAUAAGUGCUAACUUAAAACACACAAUUUGCACCCUUACAUUCAUAGUAAAUAGUAUACAAAAGUAUUUUUGUACAUUGUGAUUCCUGAUCACAUUUUAUUUCAUUUGAUUUUCAUUUUAUUAGAUAAUAUGCUGAAUAUUUUAAACUUUGCGGCAAUUGGUAAUUUGAAACAAUGGUAAAUGAGCAACUUGUUUCAAGUGACUGGCUAUUUGAAGAAAUCCUUUCAGAUGGCUAAGGUAUAUUUAAAAAUAUCCUUGCCUUGGCUCAUUAAUCCCAUUAUUUGCCUUCAGUUAUUUUUUUCUAUCCCAGAAACUAUGUAUGAUAUCUUGAUUAUUGGGAUGGUCAAAGUGGUGAAAUGAUUAGUGACAUAUCAAGAUUGUCAUUUCUCCCUGAGGGAAUUGUGCCCUCCUAGAUGGCCAAAAUGAAUUCAAGAACUUCGAGCAGUAAAUCACAGGUGCAGAUGCAGACUCUAUGCAGGAUUUGAAUGUUAAAGCUUGCUGUAUUUUCAGAUGUUAGAAUUGUUUUCCUUCAUCUGUAAGUUUUGUGCUGUAUAUAGAUAUAUAUAAAAAAAAGCUUCUUGUC